AUGGUAGUAGUGAGCAUUUGCCUCGCCAUCGAGCAGCAACAGAACAGGUGUGACAAGGACGGGGAAGGCGACGACGACGAGGAGGAGGAGGGCAGGGAGGAGGAAGACGACGACGACGAGGACCAGGACGAGGAGCAGGAGCAGGAGCAAGAGCAGGAGCAGGAGCAGGAGCAGGAGCAGGAGGAGAAGGAGGAAGAGGAGGAGGAAGAGGAGGAGGAGGAGGAGGAGGAGGAGGAGGAGGAGGAGGAGGAGGAGGAGGAGGAGGAGGAGGAGGAGGAGGAGGAGGAGGAAAAGGAGGAGGACCAUGACGACGACGAGGAGGAGAAAGACGAGGAGGACGAGGAGGAAGAGGAGGAGGAGGAGGAGGAGGAGGAGGAGGAGGAGGAGGAGGAGGAGGAGGAGGAGGAGGAGGAGGAAGAGGAGGAGGAGGAGGAGGAGGAAAAGGAGGAGGAGGAGGAGGAGGAACUGUACUGUAUGGUUUGUCCACUCGCUCAGUUUUUGUUGGCAGAGUGGUUCGGAGCGGCAGUGCGUGGUGCUGGGCCGUUGUGUGUGAUGCACGAGAGUGGGGAGUUGAAAGAGGUGUUUGCAGAGAAAGGGGUGCUGGGAGGGGCGGGGAAGGGAGAUGCACCAGGAGCAGUGACGGCAGCAGCAGCAGCGGCGGAUGGGCAGGUUGAUGGGGCGAAGGGGUUGCAAGAGCGGCUGAAGGCACUCCUCUCGUCUUCGCCUACCAUGCUGUUCAUGAAGGGAACACCGGAGGAGCCGCGGUGUGGGUUCAGCCGCAAGGUGGUGGAUGCAGUCCAGUCAGACAUGGACUCAUCGCAUGUUUCCUUCCUUCUUCCCCAUGGCUUGUCCUCACGGCCUUGCCUUGCUUUCCCAGGGCACACCAGAGGAGCCGCGGUGUGGGUUCAGCCGCAAGGUGGUGGAUGCACUCACGUCAGAAGGGAACACCGCAGGAGCCCCGGUGUGGGUUCAGCCGCAAGGUGGUGGAUGCAGUCAAGUCAGACAUGGACUCAUCGCAUGUUUCCCCCCCCUCUUCCCCCCUUCUUCCCCCCCCUCUUCCCCCCUUCUUCCCCCCCUCUUCCCCCCCUCUUCCCCAUGGCUUGUCCUCACGGCCUUGCCUUGCUUUCCCAGGGCACACCUGAGGAGCCGCGGUGUGGGUUCAGCCGCAAGGUGGUGGAUGCACUUACGUCAGAAGGCAUUUCCUUUGGCAGUUUUGACAUUCUCACGGAUGAAGCAGUGAGGCAGGGGCUGAAGGAGCUCUCCAAUUGGCCCACGUACCCCCAGGUGUACCACAAGGGCGAGCUGAUUGGUGGAUGCGAUAUUGUGCUUGAAAUGAAGGCUAAUGGGGAGCUUAAAGCCGAGCUUGGAGGGUGA